AGAAUGUAUCCAACAACCCUAACACAGCUGGCACGGUCCAGUCCUUUCCACACUCCCCUGUUCUCCAUUAAACCUGUGGAAACUCAGAAAAAAGAUGGAAGGAAACUUGCUGCAGCUGCUUAUAAUGAUGUGAGCUGUGAAUAUGGGUCAAAUAAAUAUUACGCCCUUUGCGGUUUUGGUGGGGUUUUGAGCUGUGGACUCACACACACUGCGGUUGUGCCCCUCGACCUCAUUAAAUGUCGCAUCCAGGUUGACCCAGUAAAGUACAAGUCAAUUUUUAAUGGCUUCUCUGUCACUUUGAGAGAAGAUGGUGUUAGGGGGCUGGGCAGAGGAUGGGCCCCUACAUUUAUUGGUUAUUCAAUGCAAGGCCUUUGCAAGUUCGGUUUCUAUGAAGUCUUUAAGGCGUUCUAUAACGACAUGCUAGGAGAGGAGAAUGCUUAUAUAUGGAGGACUUCUGUUUACCUGGCGGCCUCUGCCAGCGCUGAGUUUUUUGCAGAUAUCGCGCUGGCUCCUAUGGAAGCAUGCAAAGUACGCAUUCAGACGCAGCCCGGCUAUGCAAACACCCUGAGAGAGUGCGCUCCCAGAAUGCAUGCUGAGGAGGGGCUAAAAGCGUUCUAUAAGGGUGUUUAUCCCCUGUGGCUAAGGCAGAUCCCCUACACCAUGAUGAAAUUUGCCUGUUUCGAGCGUACUGUUGAGAUGCUGUAUAAGUAUGUAGUGCCCAAACCCCGCAGCGAGUGUUCCAAGCCUGAGCAGCUGGUGGUGACUUUUAUUGCUGGUUACAUUGCUGGUGUGUUCUGUGCUGUGGUGUCGCACCCUGCCGACUCUGUGGUCUCUGUACUGAACAAAGAGAAAGGAAGCUCAGCUGUGGAGGUGCUGAAAAGACUGGGACCUGAAGGUGUAUGGAAAGGGCUGUUCGCCCGCAUCAUUAUGAUUGGCACACUGACGGCCCUACAGUGGUUCAUUUAUGACUCUGUAAAGGUUUACUUUCGCUUGCCACGCCCACCACCCCCAGAGAUGCCCGAUUCCCUUAAGAGAAAGAUGGGUCUCUGAGAUUAUUAACAACCAAACCUUGUGUAACCACACAUAUAAAGAUUUUUCUGCACAUGGUUGAAAACAGGCUGUGAAUAUCUUUGUACGUCCGAGCGAGUCUUGAA